GCAUGUGGAUUCACGUGAAAUGGACGUGCGAAGGAAGUUCAACACACGACCGGCAAAAGUGUGUCGUCCAUCAAGACAAACAGACAGACAGACAUCACACACACAGUGGCUGUCAGUGCGUCUGACUUGGCUGGCUGGCACAUCCCAAGCUCACGCGGUGACCACAGCUUAAAGGUUGUAUGUCGGCCAGUCCGGCAGCCAGCCGCAAGGCCCGCUCAUCAAAGUUCACGCGUGCACCAAAGAAUGGUACGUUCCGCGUGAACUGACAAACACUGCAACAAAAACCCUCACCUUAAGAGGACAGGCAGCCGCAUGUACAACAGAGCAGGCACGGUGCUCAUCCAUUCCGACAGGCAUUCGAUGGUCUCACACGCAACAGGCAGCUGGCAUUCUCGCACCACUUCCCCUCUCUCUCUCGUCCCUCCCGUCACCACACCACAACACGUCGACCAACAACACCACCACUCCUCACCAUCUCUCCCCUCCUCGCGCAUACACUCGCCCCCGGCCGCCUCCACUAUUAAUACGUCGAUCCCUCAAUCAAUCCAUCAUCGUGGCGGUCGGGUGGGUGACACAGAUGUCCAUAAUCGAAAAGCGCUCAUUCAUUAAGGCAUGUUCACGAGUUGUCACCACACGAGAAUGACUCUACCCGUCAUCUAUCUUUGUCACACCAGCGAGAGGUCAUCCACUACUGCAAUACCACCCACAUACACCAAAACCGUCCUCCCUGUGCUGUGCUGCGCUAAGAGGGGGACGCUUCGCAUGCCCACAACCAGCAGGCGAGCAGCGCACACACGACACCCAGGUAUGGGCAGAAUGACAUACCGACAAAAGAGACGCUGGCCGUCCGUGUCUGAGGCGGUCUGAGGCUCCGACGGACACCGUCGCCUAUGUCCUUAAUAAUUUUGUGUGGGUAGGGUUAGGCUAGGCUGGGCUGACUGGCACGAGGCAUGUAUGGGUGCGUCAGGCGCUGGCAAGGGCACAACGUACGUGCACGACACCGCCAUUUCCCUCACAUACGCGACAGGCAGCCGACAAGAAAAAGGCACACCAAUCCAUGAGACCCCCAUGACACGACAGACCCGCCUCCCGUCCAUCCAGCCAGCAGAAAAGUUCCCUCCCCCUGUGUCCCACGCCCAGCCACCCUCUGCCAUUCGUGUGCGGUGCGUAGCUGACACCACCGCCCUCCCUCGGCAGCGGGGCGCUCUCCUCCGAUGAAGUGGCCACCGAGGCGGACGUCCACAAUUGCGCAGCCCGACGAUGCCGUGUGUGUGGCGCUGCCCGAGGCACGACGGCCGACCGAAUUGAGCCCCUCCAGGAGCUUACGAGGGACGCAGAGCAGCUGGCUCUUGAUGAAGCCCUCGAGAAGUGCCAUGCGGUCACCGUUGCCGGUGGUCGGUGCUGGUGGCUGUGCCUGGCCAGCGGCAGCUGCUGCUGCUGGGACGAGACGGAACGGGUGCGGCAACCUUCUGCUGCUGCAACUGCGGUCCGGGUGGUGGAUGGAUGACGCCGGCGUCUCUGGGCACCUCACGCGGCGACACCUUGGGCAGCACGACCGGCCUGACACACACGAGAGAGAAACAAAGCGGCAGAGAGACGGUUCAUGGGACCACGGUCUGGAUGAGUGUGCGUGUCUAUGUGUCUGACUCACUCGAAGCCUUCGAUUUCUUGCUGUGGGUCCAGUGUGGGAUUGGUAAUUGUUUGGGGAGCUCCUGAGCCGACAGGGGGUGCUCCUGAAUGCCGUACGAUGGCGGGGCGGCCGCCACAGCAGCUCCCUGGAUGAUGAUCUGCUUCUGCUGCUGUGGCGCAGGCUCACGGACGCCACUAAGGAUUGAGUGAGCAAUCUAUCUGACCACACACACACACACACACAUGCACAUCACAUGCACAUCACAUGCAGACAUGGGUUGGGUGCACCCCGUGUGUGGUCUUGUUCUCACUUGGUCAUGCAGUGAGGGAAGGACACAUCGACCACCCCCCACGCGCUAGUGCCGUGGGCUGGGCAUAGUGGGGGGUCUGUUGGGUUGACUUCGCCCCCACGUUGCGCACUCCAUAACAGCGAGACCAACGGGUCUGCCGCUUCGUGGUCGCUGAUCUGAGUGUGCCGCGCACACACAGACAGACAGACAGACAGACGGACGGACAGACAAAGGUAAUUGUCAUCCAGCGGGAAGGUGCGCGUGUGCAUCGUGCAGGUGGAUCACUCACCGGCAUGAAUAUGGGUUCUUCGGCGUUGUAGCGGAUGCGGACGCAUGGGUGUUGUAGUCCCGGCCGGCCAUGACGGGCACGUGCACGCUGGUCGUCCCAGCACCGCAAUUGCCACUGCAGCGACCCAACGAAGCCCAU